AUGUCUGGGAAAAGUGCAAAGGGAGGACCAGAAAGUAGAUCAUCCUCUGCUGCCAGCAUGUCUCCACGAGGGGGGAGGGGUGCCGCCGCUGGCAGAUCGCCUGCUUCUGGGAGGUUCAAAAACAAGGCUCUCCAGCUCAGCCUCUCCAAGAAAUUCUGCUCAAAGCAGCCCUCGGCCCCACGGAAGGGCUCUGGGGAGGAGGAGGGACGUCGGCACGGUAGAAGGAGCCUCAGCAACAGCUCAGCGGUGGCUGCUGCCUACAUCUCCUACCUCAAUAAACUCUUUGGACAGGAGAGAGAGCUGAUGCCAGAGGAGCUAGACGAGCUCCAGGAGGCCUUUAAGGAAUUUGACUAUGACGCGGAUGGCUUCAUCCAUUACAAAGACAUCGCAGACUGCAUGAGGACCAUGGGCUACAUGCCUACAGAGAUGGAGCUCAUCGAGAUCAUCCAACAAAUCAAGAUGAAAUGGGGUGGUCAUGUAGACUUUGAUGAUUUCUGCGAGUUAAUGGGACCAAGGAUGCUGGCUGAGACGGCUCACAUGGUCGGGCUGAAAGAGCUCCGCUGUGCUUUCAAACAGUUUGACUGUGACGGUGAUGGAAAGAUCACGCUUGAUGAGCUAAAGGAGGGAAUGAAGACGCUCCUGGGGGAGAAGCUGAAGAAAGGCGAGCUGGAGGAGAUCCUCAGCGACAUUGACCUCAACAAGGACGGCAACAUUGACUUUGAUGAGUUUGUCAUGAUGCUUUCUGCACGAUGACCUCUGAUGGAAGAAGACAGAGCUCACAGCACC